AUGGCUGUCAAAGGCUGGAUCUCAUUCUGGUGGCUGCCCAUCAUCUCGGCCCUCGUCUGGGUCGGCAUGCUUCUCGGCAUGCUCCUGCACUGGAUCAUCAACGACCACUCGCGGCCCUACGCUUAUCAGGAUCAGGACAUUAGCGUCGUCUUCAUUUCCAACGUCGGCGCCGACGUGCUCAAACCGCUCUUCAUCGCCGGCUCUUGCGUCGUCUGCGUCUUCCUCGACCUGUCCAUGCUGGCGGCGCGCUGGCUGCGCCACCAGGGCCGCCUCGUGCCCAACUCGUCAAGAGGCGAGAGGUCGCUCGCCAUCGGUACCAUUGUCUUUGGCGUUAUGGGCACCAUGGGCUUGAUUUUACUGUCCGUCUUUGACACCAAGAAUUAUAAUAAGCUCCACUAUGUGUUUUUGCUCUUCUUUCUUGGUGGCUACAUGCUCUCGGCUGUCUGCACCUGCUGUGAAUAUCAGCGGCUGGGCAUCAAGCACAGAGAACACCGCGACCUCCGUGCCUCGUUUUGGGCCAAGCUCGCCGUCGUAUUGAUCGAAGGGACCAUGGCUAUUGCGUUUGUCGUUACUAACUUCACCAAACAAAACGACGUUGCCGCCAUCCUCGAAUGGGCCAUCGCUUUUCUCUUUACCUUUUUCAUUUUGUCUUUCGUCAUCGACCUCUACCCAGCAGUCACAACCAAGCCGCAUACGGCGCGCUUUGAGAAACGCGGCCCUCGCGAAAUGGAAGAGGGCAGUGGUGCCACGACGCCACACCACUACAGCAACGGCAACGUCAACAGCAGUUUCAACGACAACGUCAUCGACAAUGUCAACGGCAACAGCAAUGUCAACGACAAUGUUAACAGCAACGUCAACGACAAUGUUAACAGCAACGUCGACGGCAGUGUUAAUGACAACGUUAAAGGCAUCAUCAACAGCAACGCCAAAGACAACGUCAACAGCAAUAAUAACGGCAACAGCAACAGCAUUGCCAACGCUAACGUUAACGGCAACGUCAACGGCAAAGUCAACGACAAUACUUAA